AUGGCUUUCAAGUUCGUUCUCUUCGCCGCUUGCGUAGCAGUUGCCAGAGCUGGAGUCGUCAGCUCUCCAUUGGCUUACUCCGCACCUUUUGCUGCACCUUUAGCUUAUGCUGCACCCGUAGCCCAUGUAGCUAAAGUAGCUGCACCACUUGCCAAAGCAGUAAUCGCUGAAGACUACGACCACAAUCCCCAAUACUCUUUCGGUUAUGACGUACAAGACAGUUCUUAUUCUUUGACUGAUCCCGAUGGCACCCGUCGUACCGUAGAUUACUCUGCCGAUGACGUCAACGGUUUCAACGCUGUAGUCCGCAAAGAACCAUUGGUAGCCAAAGCCGUAGUAGCCGCCCCAGCAGUAGCUAAACUCGCAGCUCCAGCAGUAGCUUAUGCCGCACCUGUAGCUAAACUCGCAUCCCCAGCUAUUGCUUACCAUGCCCAUCCUGCUCCUGCUCUCGCCUACUCUGCCCCCUUAGCUAAAUAUGCUGCUCCAUCUUUAGCCUACACUGCUCCAGCAGUAGCCAAAUACUCAUACGCAGCUCCAGCUCUCUCCUACUCCACAUAUUCUGCUCCAGCUGUAUCUUACGCCGCUCCAGCAGUGUCAUACGCUGCUCCAGCUGUUUCCUACUCUGCACCAGCUGCUUUGGCCUACCACGCUGCCCCCGCUCAGUAUGCCUACACAAGCAGUUUGGUUCACUAA